AUGAAAGCUGAAGCAUGGGUGUUGGGAAUAGAGAAGUUAUUCAAAGUUUUUCCUUGCACGGAAGCUCAAAAAGUACAACUGGCUGCCUUCACCCUUGAGGACGAGGCACGGAGAUGGUUGAUGCUUACAAGGACCAUACACCUAGGAUUAACAUGGGAUAGAUUCCUAGAACUGUUUUAUGACAAGUAUUUCCCCAAAAGUAUGCAAGAUAAGAAGGUGACAGAAUUCGAAACUCUCAGACAAGGGAAUAAAACUGUUGCCGAAUAUGAAGCUCAAUUUGCAGAACUGGCCCGGUUUGCACCUCAUAUGGUGGAUACAGAUUACAAGAAGGCGUGUAAGUUCGAAGGGGGAUUACGGAGCGCUAUACUGGACAAGGUCAACAUGUUGAAGUUACCCACUUAUGUCGAUGUGUUAGAGAGGGCUGUUAUAGCAGAAGGAAACCUCACUACUCAGAACCGAAUUUUUGAAUGGAAAGGGAAGAGGCAGAAUACUCAAUGGUCAAAGGGGACAACUACUCCACCAAACAAGAAACAAAAUUAA